AUGGAGCAAAAAAAUCCUGGAACUGUUACUCAUUUGCAGAUGGACAAUGAAGGUAGUUUCAAAUAUUGCCUCAUGGCCUUAGGUGUUUCUAUAAUGGGGUUUAAAACAUAUAUUCGCCCAGUUAUAUGUGUAGAUGGAACCUUCUUGACUACUCGGUGUGGAGGUACUUUGUUAUGUGCCAUGGGACAAGAUGCUAACAAGCAAAUAUAUCCAAUUGCAUUUUCAAUAGUUGACUCAGAGAAUAAUGACUCAUGGUUGUAUUUUCUACUGAGGUUGAAGGAAGCGAUUGGUGAAGUGGAGAAUCUAGUAUUCGUGUCUGAUAGACAUACUAGUAUAGCAAGUGCCUUGACUAAAAUUUUUCCUGAGGCACACCACGGUGCUUGUAUACAUCAUGUUAGCAUGAAUAUCCGUGCGAAGUUCAAAACUGACCAUUGCCAUGAAGAAUUCUUCCUUGCAGCGAAAGCUUAUAGAAAGCGAGAGUUUUUACGCCAUUUUGAGAAGAUUAAAUUCAAAGAUCUUGCAAUUGCUCAAUACUUAGAGAAUCAAGUGGGUUUUGAAAAGUGGGCUUGUUCUUUCUUUCUUGGUCAUCGAUAUAAUUUAAUGACUACAGGUAUUGCCGAAAGUUGGAACAAUGUCAUUGCUGAGGCACGUGGGUGGCCAAUUACUUCUCUCAUGGAAUUUAUGAGGCACACUUUACAAAAAUGGUUUUUCGAGCGUCGAACUGCAACAUCAGCGGUUACAAGUCCUCUUGCCACAGAAGUGGAAGCUGAUUUGCGAAAGUUAGCAGACAAGUCCACUACCUCGUUCUCUUUUCCGUCUAGUCAGUAUGAAAUAACAGUAUUGGAUGGUGAUCUUGAUGGAGAUUUCGACCUGAGGAGGAAAACAUGUAGUUGUAGAAGAUUUGAUUUGACAGGCCUUCCUUGUGAACACGCUCUAGCUGGUGCUCGAGAUCGUGGCAUUAGUCCAUAUAGUUUAUGCUCCAGAAGCGUGGUUGUCAUCCUAUGGUGA